AUGCCUGCGGCCAUUUCCGUGCGACCUGAUGGUGUGGGUGUCAUCACCAUGAACUCGCCUCCGGUGAAUUCUCUGGGGACGGAGCUGGUGACUUCCUUCAAGCAGGAGUUUCCGAAGCUGGUGCAGGACCCGCAGGUGAAGGCCAUUGUCGUUACGGGUCAAGGUGCCAUGUUCUGCGGCGGCGCAGAGAUCACGGAGUUUGCCGUGAUGGUUGCGAUGGGUCCAGAGAAGAUGAAGGAGAACAACCCAGUGGCCGCCUUGAGCGAAAUGAUGGAUAUGAUCGACGCCUCGCCCAAGACCACCGUCGCGGCGCUGAACGGCCCAGCCUUGGGUGGUGGGGCUGAGGUGAGUUUGGCAUGUCACUACAGGGUGGCCUCGGACAAAGCCUCCGUGGGUUUUCCGGAGGUGAACUUGGGUCUCCUACCUGGCGCGCAGGGGACUCAACGACUGCCACGGGUGGCUCCGUUGCCAACGGCCAUGCAGAUGAUCUUGCAGGGAAAGCCGUUGAAAGCAGAUGCUGCCCGGAAGAACGGCAUCGUGGAUGCUGUGGCCAAAAAGGACGUCAUCGAGGAGGCAGCAGAAUGGGCCUUGAGUCAUCCACCCGCGCCCAUCUCCAAGAGGGAGGUGCCCAAGACCAACAGGUUCAUGGCAUCUGCCGGUGGCUUGGAGGCUGGCCUCAACACCGCAGUGAAUGCUGCUCCAUUGAUGAUCGCCCCAAGGGCCAUCAUCAAGUGCUUUGAAGCAGCUUGCUCCCACAAGUCCUUCCGCGAGGGCCUGCAAGUGGAAAUGGAGCAGUUCACCAACUUGGUCUUCUCCGUGGAAUCCGCGGCCUUGCGUCACCUCUUCUUGUCGGAGCGUUUGGCGCAGAAGGUGCCGGGGAUUGAUGAGAAGCCAAUGCCUUUGAAGAAAAUUGGCAUUUUGGGCGCCGGACUCAUGGGUGGCGGCAUUGCCAUGUGUUUCAUCCAGAAGGGCGUCCCAGUAGUGCUGAAGGAUGCAAAGCAAGAGUGGUUGGAUGGCGGUGUCAAGAAGAUUGAGUCCCUCUGGGGCGGGCAGGCCAAGAAGGGUCGCUUGAGCAAGGAGAAGUUCCAGCAGUACAUGAGCAUGCUGAAACCCACUCUGGACUACGCAGAUUUCAAAGAUGUGGACAUGGUCAUUGAGGCUGUGCCAGAGAUCAUGGACUUGAAGAAGGAGGUUUUCCUGGAUAUUGAGAAGAACACCAAGCCGGACUGCUUGAUUUGCACCAACACCAGCGGUCUCAACAUUGAUGAUAUUGCUGCCGUCCUGAAGGAUCCAUCACGUGUCAUGGGAACGCACUUCUUCUCUCCAGCCAACGUCAUGCAGCUCUUGGAGAACGUGCGCACCGCCAAGAGCAGUGUGAAGACCUUGGCCACAGGCAUGGCGAUGGGAAAACUCAUCAACAAGAAGUGCGUGAUGGUUGGCAACUGCGACGGCUUUGUUGGAAAUCGCAUGAUCGCACCCUACGCGGGCGAAGCGAAGAUGCUCUGGGAGGAGGGCGGCACCGUGGAGCAGAUCGACAAAGCGGCCACUGCUUUCGGCAUGGCCAUGGGUCCCAUGGCACUGGGUGACUUGGUCGGACAGGAGCUCUUUUGGAAGCAGCGAAAGGCUGCUGGUGACAUGAAGAAGCAGACCAAGACCUACUACGGCCCCUACGAGCUGACGGACUGGCUCUGCGAGUUGGGUCGCUUCGGCAUGAAGACCCCGGAUCCGGCCAUCAAGGCGGACGGCCGCGGCAUUUUCAUCCACCGGGGCCGAGAUAAGACGGUUGAUCCAGAAGUCGUGGCAAAGAUGGAUGAGGUCCGAAAGGCCAAGGGCGUUGUAGCCAGGGCCGUUAGCGAUGAAGAGAUUUGCGAGAGGCUCUUCUAUCCUUUGAUCAACGAGGGCUUCAAAAUUUUGGAGCAGGGCUAUGUUGCCCGAUCCUCCGAUAUCGACCUUGUGUACAUCUACGGCUAUGGCUUCCCCCCCUCGAAGGGAGGACCCAUGUUCUUCGCGGAGAACUAUGCAGGCUUCAAGACCAUCCUGGAGAAGCUAAAGGUCUUUGACAAGCAGGCCAAGGAGCGAUAUACCAAGAAUCCGCAGUACCUGCCCAUCGACUACUUCGAGCCUUCCAAGCUGUUGGAAGCCUGUGCUGCCAAAGAGGGCAUGCAGGCAGUGGUCAGACAUGCUGAGCUCAGCUCCCAACAUCUACCCCCAAAAAAACCCUCUGGAAAUAUGACGAAGAUUUUGCGAACUACUUUCAAGAGUUGUAAAUAA